AAUAUUUUAUUCGGAAACGUUCGACAAGUGGCGUUUGAUAUUACAAGUGCGAUGCAUGAUGUGUGUAAACAAAAAAAGUGUAUUAAUGUUCCGCGAAAUGUUUGGAAAACCUGAUACAAGUUUGUGAUAAAUGUUAACUUCAUCAAAUGAUUGGAUGGACAUUCAUGUCAAGAAAUAUUUCGGUUACCAUCACAACGAAGCAUUUCAGCGAGCAUUGUGGUCUUUGUCGCGGCGAGACGAGGGUAGGAGGAGAGGAGGUGGCGCGGCAGGGGGGUGGAGGAGGAAGGAGGAAGGAAGAAUGGAAGACGGGGCCCGCGAGGGAGAGCCGCUGCUCCGCUCGAUCAACAACGUGCACAGAUCGUUCGUUAAGUUCGUGAACAGGACGCUGCACAACGUGGUCCUCUACUGGAUCGAUUACCAGGGCCAGGCGGUGAGCUACGGCGCCCUCUCGCCGGGCGAUUGCCUCGAUAUCGACACGUUCGUCACCCAUCCGUGGAUCUUCGUCGACCAAGAGACCAGGGACAGGUACACGGUGAACCAAAGGGACGUGUUCUUCCCGGAGCCUUGGUUCGCCAGGUAUCGCGACCUCCGGCGAAGCGAGCUGCCCCAAAGGCACGAGAGGACCAGCGUGUACAUCACGCUGCCCGUCUACACUCUCCGCGAGCUCUCCCUGAGGGCCAUCAAGCGGCGCCUCACCCACGAUCGACAGGCGUUCCAACUCGAUAUACCGAGAAGCCUUCAGUACGAGCUCGCGACCAUGCUUCCACGGAACGAGGACGAGGAGGAGCAGGAGGGGAAUGCUCGAGGCUCGUAGCGAUCGAUCACCGUCAACGAGGCGAGGAGAGUUGGCGAGAAUCUCGUCCUUCACCUGGAUCCUCCAGGUGACUCGAGUCGAAAUACGUGGAGGAGGAGGGAGGAGAUAUUGGUGUCCAGGAAGGGAAGGGAAAACCUUUUUCUUCCUUGUUUUCUUGUUGUUCUUGUUGGCUUCUUCCAACUUGCCUUCGAUUCGUCCUUUUUCUUCGAGUGGCGUUGUUGUUUCGCUCAACGUACACGCGUUUUUAUACGUACGCAUUUGGAAAUGAAUAUUUUGUUCCCUAACCGUGUUCAUGUAUCAUCGAGACGAUGGUGAUCGAGUUCUUUUGAGAGAAGAAACUUUCGUUUUUUUCUUUUUUUAUCGUUGACACGACGUUCGAAAGGAUAUAAAGUGGUAUUCAAGAUGAAACGAACGUCGAAAGAGAGGAGGUGGAUUCGAUCCGUCAUCCGUGUAUUGAGCAUUUUUUUUUGUCCCUGCGCGAAACAAACGAAAAAAAAAAGGGAAGAAAGGAGAAAGGAAAAAUCGUCAGGGAUUUUGAAAAUCCCGCGCGGAUUUGAAAAAAAUGAUCGAAAAUCCGUGAACGUGAAAAUAUUUUCGUUCGUGGAGGGGGAUGUCUCGAAUUCUCGAGCGUCGCAAAAAUCCGGAGGGGAAGGGAGGGGAGGGGAGGGGAGAAAAAAA